CGGCAAUGACGGGUACAUGACCGGGUUGGUGAGUAGCCUAACCGGUUGGAUUUCCGAUAUUGGAGGUGGAGAAGGGGCGAGGGAAGGGAAGCGUGCUCUCGCCUUGUGCCUUCCACACGAUUCUUCGGCCUCGAGUUCUCCGUCGUUCCCAAGGGAAGUGUUGAAUAUGGAGUUCUUCACUGGCUUUCUGUGCGAAUCAACACCGUCUGAGAACCUGUUUUCUCAUCCGGACGCUCAGAGGUGUCCAUUUUUGAGGAACAUCAAUGAACCAACAAACUUUUCCUUCUCAUCAUCUCUCGGUUCUCCUUUCCCAUUAAGAGGAGCGAAGGGUCCAAUCUUCGAAGAUGGACCAAGUUUUGAUAUGGCAUUCAAGAUUUUCCAUGGGCGCAACGGAGUCGUCCCACUUUCAGGGAAAUCCUAUAUAUGUGAGGACAAUGUGGAACCUGAGCCUGCAAUGCAGUUUAACCCUUUGGCAGGCAAAGCAGCCUCUAUCAGCCUCUCAGCUUUUGGGCCAGGAGGACCUUUCAGUUUUGAUUUCUUCUCAAAAAAGUGGAAAAGGGAGAAAUCCUCCAAGAAAGAUCACUCUCGACAGAAUGGAAAUGGUGCAUCACAUGAAGCAUCAAGCAACGAGUGGCUCAAAACAGGGCAGUGUCCAAUUGCAAAGUCUUAUAGGGCAGUGAGCGGUGUCCUGCCUCUCGUAGCAAAGAUCCUACAGCCACCACCAGGCAUGAAACUGAAGUGCCCCCCCGCUGUGGUGGCUGCUCGAGCAGCACUAGCCCGCACUGCCCUUGUGAAGACCCUCCGUCCCCAGCCGCUGCCUGCAAAAAUGUUAGCAAUAGCUUUGCUAGGCAUGGCUGCGAACGUUCCCCUUGGGGUUUGGCGAGAACAUACUGAAAAGUUCUCUCCUCAGUGGUUUGCCGCAGUCCAUGCUGCUGUGCCAUUCAUUGGCAUGCUCAGGAAGUCUGUGGUCAUGCCCAAGACAGCUAUGGCACUAACCAUAGCAGCCUCAAUUUUAGGUCAGACUAUUGGUUCGAGGGCUGAGCGGCUCCGGCUCAAGGCAGAAGCAGCAGCAGGGAGCUCAAGCAACUCGAUAAACCAGGCAGCUAUAGCUGUCAAAUCAAGCGGACACUGCAGUGAGGGUGAGGGUAGAGUCUGGGAGCCUCUUCCACUGAAGGUGGCUGGUCGAGGUUCAUCGCCAACCGCAAGUGUGUGUUUCUGAAAAUUAUUGCACUUAUGUUGCAGCAUCUAUCAAACCUCUAAAACCCAUUUUAUGCUUUAAAAGACUAUUAUCUCGUGUGCCAAGACCAGUAACAUUGCACUAUAUGCAGAAGCUGUAAGAUGAAUAAAGAGCUUUUAAGCUUGUUUUA